CGCGACUUAACAAGCCAUCCACAAUUCUUUCUUCCAGUGGAACCGUUGAAGAUGAAUUCAUAUCCAGGAGAGUUCCUCGCGCACCCGCAGCCACUUAUGUUCAUUGCCGGACUCUCACCGCCUGUCGUCUCAAAUCCGAACGUAGGCCGAGAAAGAAGCUCUUCGACAGUCACGACAGACUCGACUAGGAGACCUUCUGGCGGAGCAUUCUUGGACACCACCGUCCCUGCACCUUCACCAUCCCCCACGGCCGAAGAAUCACUACCCAAAUCGCCUAAUGUUGAUACGGAUCAAAUUGGAGAGGGUAUACUGGACGUGCAGCAACGAGACGAGGAAGGGAAAUGGCAGGUAGAUGAGCGGGAUCAACAGUUCGACGAACUCGUGGUUAACCUUAGAGGUGCUUUGUCCAAGAUGGCAGCGAAAGGAAGAGUAUGGCUAGAUCCGAAGGGCAGAAAAGAAUUCAGAAUUCUGUUAGUAGAGAAGGAUGUUCGCUUGCCCAUGCGCAAGGUCAGCACUUCUACUACGGCUCCCAGUCUUAGUGACCCAUCAGCGCCGACUGCUCCACACUCUCCACUAUCUCCGCUGGUUCCUUCUUCCCCUCUUUAUCCUGACGGCCUCAUAGCCCCGGUAUGGGUCCGCAAGCACGCCGAACUGAUCCCAUCUGUCUUUGUAUUGUUUCUCCGGCUGUAUGAAUUACCUACCCGACAUAUAACAUCCGAUGAAACAGCCGAGGAGAUCCAAGCGCGAGAAGCAGAAGAAAAACAGAAAGAAAGGGAAAUGGACGAUCUUUUGAUCAAGGAAAUAGGAGAUCGAAGAAGAAGACUGGGUGAAAGGGGAAUUAAGCUCACCGUAGUCCUUAUGGCAAGCUCCCAAACACUUGACUCGCCUGCGCUCGAUCCUCGACUGUCGUACCUGCGUCGCGCAUCCGCCCUAUCCUCCAAGGCUUCGCUGUUUGUUCUCUCUCCUGUUUCUGCAGAUCAACUUCCAGAUUUCGUUUUAUCACUUCAAGAUGCUCUUUAUGAAUCUUCUAUGGAUUACUACAAUGCGCAUGCCAAGAGGGUUAGGAGAAAGAGAAGUAGGGUACCGGCGAGUAUGCCUAUACACGCACCGACGACCACCGCACAAGGUUUCAAGGUGUUGGGCCCGCAAGGUUGGGCUGUGAGGUAUGAUUGGAAAAUGGGCUGGUUUGCAGAAGUCAGGGGUGAAAUAGACGUUGCGAGAAGACAUUAUGAGGAUUGCUGGAAUGAGCUGGCGAAAAUGUUUUCGUCUACUACAACGCUUCCUCCGAGGACCAAAAGAUGGGCUGAAGCCAAGGUGCUAGCUGAUUGUGUGGCCGUCAGGAUCUGCAAGCUCUCACUGUAUGAGGGUGACGGAUCAAGAGCGUUGAACUCUUUUCACGUCCAUCUCAAGAGAUUUGGAGAUCUUUCAAGGGGGUGGGGGAUCGGUGAAGAAACUUUUGAGUUCUGGAGCUGGGUUGCAAGACAAUACCGUGUCUUCGCCGAAUUACUGGAGAUGGCUCAACAACACAACCUUCGCAUUAUUACUCCGCCCCCUACUUUCCCAACGCUUGAAUCUUCGGCAGCGCCUCAAUCUCUUUCAUACCUUGCCACCCCUAUAUCUUCUCAAAACCCAACACAGGUACUUCAACAUCCGGCCUAUUAUUACUAUACGGCUGCUUGCGGAACUUUAAAGAGACAGGAGAGAUUCCAAGAGGCAUUAGAUGCCGAAAACGAUGCGAUGGGGUCCGAAGCUGCAAAAACCAGUGGAUACGUCUCUUCCACUGCUCCCGGAUUCGCAAACGAAAAGAAGGUCGACCAUGCGGCUCUGGUGAUUGAGCUCUUUUCAAAAGCGUACUCUCUCCUCAAAGAUCUUCCGUCGCCUUCAAACCGCACCGCACUCUAUAUUGCUUAUCGCAUAGCUGAGACAUACAACUUUUCAGGACAACAUGAGAUGGCCAUUCGGUUUUUCGAUCGUAUCUCUCAUAGUUUCAAAAAUGAAAAAUGGACGGAGCUUGUCCAGGGAAUCAGAAAAAUGUGGUAUGAGAGUGCCAAAGCGGCCGGUUCUGUAGACGGUGUAGGAAAGCUCUUGUUGGAGAUGAUGUGUGCUGGAAGCGGGAUCAAUGACCAAGAGCGAGAAGGGCUCCAGGAGGAGUUUGUCACGUUGUUAAAGACCACCAGCCCCUCAAGUACGGAUCCAAAAGUGAUUGACAUGGAUGGACCUUCUGAUUCAGAACUACUGGAUGUUCGAGCUGGAUUUUGGCAAGCUGAAAGUGUGGUAUCCAAAUCUGUACCCUAUCAGGUAACGCUUCGCUGUCCUGACAAUGUGAUUAUUGGUGAUCUCGAAUUCAACAAUCUGGGAAUCCGCUUCUCAGACGAACGGCCUCCUGUUACAAUUGUUUCAAGCAACUCGGUUGAGGACGAACCAAUUCAGGUCAUCACCGCCGACUCUGGCCAAGCGUCUCUGAGAUGGCGACCCAAGCAGAUCCUCGUUAUUAAUGGGCAGCUUGCGUCUUCGCUAGAGAGUGAAGUACAGAUAACAUCAAUCAAGUUGGUCUUGAAACAGGGAUCUUGGGCGUUUGAAUUUGUCUUUAUCCCCGGGGAGAUAUCUGAAUGGACAACAAAAAAAGGUGUUUCAGACUGCGGAGAGAGGCUGGCAACUUCCGUCUUUUUCGGCCCACAACCGCAUGCCGUUGAUCUUCAAGUCUCACAUCAUCCUUUAGCUUUUGUGGGUGAGACAUUACCCAUAGAGGUGAAGGUGGCAAACAACGACGACAGGAAGAUGAACGUCGCCCUGUCGGUUUUCUUGCAGCCAACAGACGAUGGGGAGGACGAUGGAUCGAGUAUUGAAGCGGGUGAAAACCGAACUUCAACACUUCUUCAGAACAUCUCCCUUGGUCUUCUGGAACCUGGCGCAUCAUCAUCUCAAUCCAUCAAGCUAUUUGUCCCCAAAGAAUGUACCAAGAUUGUCGACUUUUCUGUACAAUCUACGACCUCAAUUCCUUCUCCCGGCAACUCGCUCGACACAUUCCCCACUUUAGACAGAACGGAAGAGGUCAGCCGUACAGUGGUCAUACCCGUUCCGAGGCCAUUUGUGGUUGAAACCAGCGUCAAGUUGACACAUAAAGGAAAAAUAGGCGGUGAAGGGGUUGUGGGAAUGACUGUCAAAGUAGGAGGACCUAGGGUGAUGAUCGUAGAGGGUUUGGAACUGGUUGGAAAUGCAGACGAUAGGGAGGUCAAGAUGAGGUCAAGCUCACUUGAAGGUGCACAAUUCCCUGAAGAAUGGAACGACGAAACCGCAUAUGGUGUUUGGGCGGUGUUCGACUUGGCACCAGGUCAUAGAGGGGCUGCGGGCAACCCAGUGCAGAUACCCGCUGAACUUGUUUUCACGUGGCGAAGUAGCGCAUCUUCCGACUUGUUGAUCACGACAAGACACCCCCUUCCACCGCUCUUCAUCCCCCCUCCGACGGACUCUUUCCUUAUUUCGACACUCCAUCUUCCAACCCCUCCUAUCGUCCCACCUCAUUCUACCUUCCCCCUCUCCGUCACAGUCCUGAACACCCACCCUAAUUAUACAUCGUCUCAAGUGUCGGUCACUGUCGACACGGCGGAAAACUUUGUUUGGGUAGGAGACCGCAAUGUUCGAUUACCUGAUAUCCUGCCUGGGAAAGAAGUGGAGGUGAAGCUCGAGUGUAUUGCUCUUGGAGGGAGCGGAUGGGUCAAGGUCCCCAAGAUAAGCAUUUGGGAUGGAACGGGAGAAGAGAGGGAAGAAGUACAAAUUCGAGGAGAUGGGACAAUAUAUAUACAGCCAUGAUAUAGCGGGACGUAGUUAAUGCUUAUAUGCAUGGACAGGUAGAAGGAGAGGGGUGUUUAUGGUACUAUGACAGCAGUGGUUGGAACGUAACAAGAUUACGCGAUCUGCUUUUGAUUUCC